AUGGACCCUCCCGUGUGCUGGCGUCUGUCCCUCCUCUUCCUACUGCUCCUGCCAGUGGUCACUGCUCAGGCAGCCACCGAAACACCCGAGGCCCUCUCUUGCUUCUAUAACUCCAGAGCCAACAUGACCUGUGUGUGGAGUCCGGCUGCAGGCCUGGGAGCCUCGAACUGCCGCCUGGCCGCCAAACCCAAGCUGAGCUUCAUCUUUAGCAGCAACCCAGACGCUCAGACGCUGACUGCAGCGGACAAACUCCUCAUGAGUGUCGAAUGCUUGGAGCAGGGGAACUGGACCAUGGUGAUGAGCCAGAAUUUCAUACCCUUUGACCACAUUCGCCUGUUUGCCCCCAACUCUCUCCAUGUGACCCUCCGGGAGCCGCCUCUGUGCAGCAACAUCACCUGGGGUCUCCCCUACUACUCCCACUACUUCCAAGGCUGCCUGGAAUUCCAAGUGCAGAGCAGGACACCAAAGCAGAAGUGGGAGCUCUACCAGCUCUCUCUGUGCCCCAGAACUGCAGGGGGUCCCCCAGGGGCUGUAUCCCAGGGACACCCCCUGAUGAUCUUGAAGCAGAACCAGGCAUGGAUCUGUCUGGAGAACCUGGUUCCUGAUACCUCCUAUGAGCUGCAAGUACGGGCAAGGCCUCAGCGUGGGCAGCACUCAGUCUGGAGCCCCUGGAGUGAGACUCUCAUCUUCAGAACAUUGCCAGAUGUGUCCUGCCUGCAGAGUGGGAACUCUGCUUCCGCCAGGCCAACCCAGCCCUUUACCUGGGUCUAUACCCUCAUCAGCAGCAUCAUGGGGACCCUGAGCUUUGUCAUCCUGGCUUACUUCCUGGUCGCCAAUGGACGUAUUGGAUCCUGGCUGAAGAAAAUCGUGAAAUGCCACAUCCCGGACCCCUCGGAGUACUUUGCCCAGUUUAGCUCGGAGCAUGGAGAAGAUUUCCAGAAGUGGCUCUCCUCGCCCUUCCCCUCCUCUGCCUUUGGCCCCAGCGGCCCGGCCACCGAGAUCUCCCCCCUGGAGGUGCUGGACAGGGACAGCAAGGCCACCAAGCUGCUGUGGCGCCAACAGGGCAAAGACCCGGCCUCGCCCUCGCCCAGCGGCCACUCGCUCAGCAGCUGCUUCACCAAUCAAGGCUAUUUCUUCUUCCAUUUACCCGACACGCUGGAGAUCGAGGCCUGCCAGGUCUAUUUCACCUAUGACCCUUGCGAAGAGGAGCCCAGCGAGGAGGAGCUAGGAACCCCUGAGGUCCCUGGGACCCCUCUCUUCCUGGCCCCAUCCACACUGCCAGGAGCGGAUUACUGCACCUUUCCCCCGGGGGAUGAUAUGCUGCUCUUCCCGGGACUCCCAGGAGUGCCAGCUCCCCUCAGCACAGUCUCAAGAGACUGUGUAGAUGACACCCCAUAUCCCCGUGAGCACCCCAGCUCAGGAGUCCCUGGUACAGUGCAGCUGGCCCUGGACCCUAAUCUGGGGGAUGUGGGAGGAGAUGUGACCACUGGCCUAAGAUCCGAAGAGAGGACCUGCUUGCCCUGGGCCAGUGUCCCCGGGUCAGGCCAGGUCAAGCCCCCCAUCUCCUGCCUGCCCUUGAACCCUGAUGCCUAUCUGUCCCUCCAAGAACUUCAGAAUCAGGAGCCGGUUUACUCGGUAUAA